GGGGAACAUGUAGCGAGGAGCGUUUGACCUGGGAAUGAAGGCAAGUGGGAGUUGACUUCAGGACCAGGUGGGCACUACGAGGUGCCAGCGUCCGUGGAGCCUUUGACCCGUUCAGAGAGGAUCAUAUCGUCUGCUCUCAUGUGCACUCCUUAGACUCAACACUGGAAGUAUUAGAAUAAGUGGAAAGGGUCCAUGGUCCCUCCCCAGUCAGCUUGUUGGAUAUGGGACUUGCUGGCACGAGGGAAGAAGGGAGGACUGCGAAUCGGUAUUCUUGUCUCGCCUGCCCAUGUCCCUAUCCGAAAUUGCUCAUCUUCUCCAGUUCUCAGCACGAUCGGUAUGAGUCCCACUGGGUCCUGACCCGUCCUCGCUUGUUCCCUUAGACUUCAAAAUCGUGUGCACAGGAUGUGUCUACAGAGUGCUCAUGCUGUGGAUUCCGUUGUCUGAGUUUUAUUCUGGGGCCUUCCUCCCCUCCGGACAUGGUUGACCGGAGUCCAGAUCUGGAGCUGGGUCUCCUUCCGAGGGCAUGCUACAAGAAUUCUCACUGAGAGGAAGAAGCAAGGAGCACUUUCUGUCGCCGGCGUAGCAGGUACGAGUGCUUCACUGCUGGACAAACAUUCGUUAAUUUUGGUCUCAUUCAUUGAAGCUCUCGUGAGCUCAGUGAAGAGUUCGGUGUGCUGGCUUGAGUUGAUCACGGGCAGAGUGAUCGGAGAUAUAAGGGAGGUAGGGACUCAGUCACUUGGAGGCGGGAAGUAGUGCUAUCGACUGAGGGAGCGGGAGCCGCUAGCUCGAUGGCACCGACUCGUCCUCCGGCAAUGAAGAUGGUGACGGGCAAUCCGAUCGCAGACUCUGUUCUACAAAGGAAGACGGAGGAUGUGAACGAGGUGUACACGCUGGGCCAUAAGCUGGGGCAGGGACAAUUUGGAGUGACGUAUUUCUGCCAGGAGAAGGCCACGGGCCAAACAUACGCUUGCAAGUCGAUCGCCAAGCGGAAGCUGGUGCUGCAGGACGAUGUGGAGGACGUGCGGAGGGAGAUUCAGAUCAUGCACCACUUGUCGGGGCAUCCGAACGUGGUGACCAUCAAGGACGCGUACGAAGAUGAGACGCACGUGCACCUGGUUAUGGAGCUGUGUGCCGGGGGCGAGCUUUUCGAUCGUAUCGUCAAGAAAGGCAACUACAGCGAGGCUGCAGCUGCCUCUCUCACUCGCACCAUCGUCGGCGUUAUCGCUGCUUGCCAUUCGCUCAAUGUCAUGCACCGCGAUUUGAAGCCCGAGAACUUUUUGAUGGCCAACAAAACUGAGGAGUCGCCCCUCAAAACCACCGACUUUGGUCUCUCUGUUUUCUUCAAGCCAGGGGAGACUUUCACAAAUUUGGUCGGAAGCCCUUACUACAUUGCUCCAGAGGUGUUGAAUAAACUCUAUGGUCCCGAAGCUGAUGUGUGGAGUGCUGGAGUGAUUCUUUACAUCCUUCUCAGCGGUGUUCCUCCAUUCUGGGGAGAAACCGAUCAGGUUAUUUUCAGAAAGAUUCAACGGGGUAGAGUUGAUUACAACUCAUAUCCUUGGCCGAGCAUUUCCGCAAGUGCAAAGGAUUUGGUCCGAAGAAUGCUCGAUAUGAAUCCCAAAACUAGAAUAACUGCACUGGAAGUCCUCAACCAUCCGUGGGUAGCCGUAGAUGGUGUGGCACCAACGGAGCCUUUUGACCCCGCCGUGCAAACCCGCUUGAAACAGUUCUCUGCAAUGAACAAGCUGAAGAAAAUGGCUCUCCGGGUUAUUGCAGAGAGCCUGUCGGCUGAAGAAAUUGCCGGUUUAAAGGAGAUGUUCAAAGCCAUGGAUGCUGAUAACAGUGGCAACAUCACCUUCGAUGAGUUGAAAGGCGGUCUGAAAAGAGUGGGAUCGAAACUCUCUGAGUCUGAAAUUCACGACUUAAUGGAGGCUGCCGAUGUUGAUCAAGAUGGAACGAUAGACUACGGUGAAUUUAUUGCCGCUACUGUCAGCCUGAGCAAGGUCGAGAAGGAAGAAAACCUGUUUGCGGCUUUCUCCUACUUCGACAAAGAUAAGAGUGGGUACAUUACCGUUGAUGAAUUGCAGCAAGCUUGCAUUGACCACAACCUGGGGGAGGUGCGCAUCGAGGAGAUGCUUAAAGAAAUCGACCAAAACAAUGACGGACGUAUUGACUACAACGAGUUCGUGAAGAUGAUGCGCAUGGGCAGAUUAAACAUCUGAUGAAGGUACAACCAGCAGCCAGUUCAAGCAUCGGGUGUGUUGGGAUGUCUUUGGAGUGUGAAAACUACAGUUGGAAGCAACAGCCUGAGACGAACUGCCUUCCACCAAUAUCUGUUCGAUAACGCUAUGAGGCGGAACAAUCUCCCAGCUAGUUACCUUUUUUUGAUCAUACAGCCUUUUUAGUCGGAAGGUUUUGAUUCAGCAAUUAAAAUUGGUGUAUAAGUUACAAUAGAAAGUGCUCUCUCGACCAGUGUAUACUCAUACUGUACUCAUUAGCUCGUACCUGACAUAGCCUGAAGAUCAUAGACCCCGCGCCCUGGCUGAGCGGUGCUACAUCCCGACGACAAACUUACUCAACUUUUCAUACAAGAAAAGGAAAGGCUGAAGUCGGGAAAGGAUGAGCAGCCAGCCACACAUCGAAUGUCUUGAACGGACUACCUCGAGACGAGCAGCACUAAGUGAACGUGCAAAUGGUCUGGGGAUACAGAUUAUCCGACGUUAGUGACAGUGAGAAAUUUUUUGGUGGCUCCUAGCCCACCCUACGUUAACUCAAUGUAUAUACUGGAAAAUCUUUCAGAGAAAACUUCAAUUCUUUCGAUUGGUUAGCUUG